AGAGAGACAAAGUGUGUAUGUGUGUGUGUUUUUGUGUGAGAGAGCGGCUCUGUGUGUAACAUGCUCUGUCAUGCUGCCGUGACUACCGCUGCCUCUCAAGCCGGCGUCGUUGCCUUGUCAGGAAAAGGAAUAUUUUCCGGGGUAAUGAGUCCCUGAACCGGCUCACCAUGUGGAUGUGGGACAGUAAUCUCCAAACCUUUGCCGGAAGAAUCCCACGGAAAAAAGAGCAGCGGGCGGAGAGUGUAGCUGGUGCUGCUGGGUGGCCGCCUGUGUGCCUGCGCUGCUGAGAUUCUCACUGACAAGACAAGAGUUCCCACUGGGCUGUUGUCUGCAUCCAAUUCACGUUACUUUUACUGUCACAUGUGUUGGGAUACUUUUUUUAUUUCUCUUCUGGAACUCAAUGGAUUUUACGGUGCUAUAUAUAUGUAGGACAUGGGCCGGAUUGUUUGAAGUGAUGCUCCAGGACUAAACCAGUGAGGUUGAAGUUCAGAAGGGUGGAACUUUAUCUGAAUGGGUGCAUCACAGCAGUGGACUAUACUAUGGGUCACUACACAUUGUACUGGGGCCUGUGGUUGCUGUGGAUCACUGCCUGUAGAUAGAUAACCAGGUAGAUAGCAGUGGGGGGUGAAAGGUUAAUAGGUAGGGGCAUCAGUAUGAAGCCUGGACAGUGUCCAGGUGUUCCCAGUGACAGGUCCAUGAUGCACCUCAGCCAUUUCCCCUUGAGAAGACACUCCUGGAUAUGCUUCGAUGUGGACAAUGGCACGUCAUCAGGUCGCAGCCCCCUGGACCCGAUGGCCAGCCCGGGCUCUGGCCUCAUCCUGCAGGCCAACUUUGUCCACAGCCAACGGAGAGAGUCAUUCCUCUACCGCUCCGACAGUGACUAUGACCUCUCGCCGAAGUCUAUGUCCCGAAACUCCUCCAUUGCCAGUGACAUUCAUGGUGACGAUAUGAUUGUAACACCAUUUGCACAGGUCCUUGCCAGUUUAAGAACCGUACGGAACAACUUUGGUGCACUAACAAAUCUACAAAUAGACAGAGCAUCCAACAAGAGAUCACCCAUGUGUAACCAACCCCCCAUCACCAAGACCACCUUCACAGAGGAGGCCUACCAGAAACUGGCCACUGAGACCCUGGAGGAGCUGGACUGGUGCCUGGAUCAGCUGGAGACGCUGCAGACAAGACACUCAGUCAGCGAGAUGGCCUCCAACAAGUUCAAGAGGAUGUUGAACAGGGAGUUGACUCACCUGUCAGAGAUGAGCCGCUCUGGGAACCAGGUGUCCGAGUUCAUCUCCAGCACUUUCUUAGACAAGCAACACGAAGUGGAGAUGCCAACCCCUCAGUCCCAGAAGGACAAGGAGAAGGAGAAGGCAACCAAGCCCAUGUCUCAAAUCACGGGGGUGAAAAAGCUGCAACACUCCUCCAGCCUCACAAACUCCAACAUCGCUCGCUUUGGAGUGAAGACUGAGACCGAGGAUGAACUCGCUAAGGAGCUGGAGCAGGUGAAUAAAUGGGGCCUUAAUGUUUUUAAAAUCUCGGAGUUCUCUGGGAAUCGGCCGCUAACAGUCAUGAUGUACACGAUAUUCCAGGAGAGGGACAUGUUAAAAACUUUUAAAAUUCCACUCGACACCUUUAUAACUUACCUGAUGACCUUAGAAGACCAUUAUCAUGGCGAUGUGGCCUACCAUAACAACAUCCAUGCUGCUGACGUCACCCAGUCGACUCAUGUGCUGCUAUCCACCCCUGCCCUUGAGGCUGUGUUCACAGACCUCGAGAUCUUAGCUGCCAUCUUUGCCAGUGCAAUUCACGACGUGGACCAUCCUGGAGUCUCCAACCAGUUCCUCAUCAACACCAAUUCGGAACUAGCGCUGAUGUACAACGACUCGUCCGUGUUGGAGAACCACCACCUAGCAGUUGGCUUCAAGCUCCUACAAGAUGAGAACUGUGACAUCUUCCAAAACCUGACCAAAAAACAAAGACAAUCACUGAGAAAGAUGGUCAUUGACAUCGUUCUAGCAACAGACAUGUCGAAGCACAUGAAUCUACUGGCCGAUCUGAAAACGAUGGUGGAAACUAAGAAGGUGACCAGCUCGGGUGUUUUGCUGCUGGACAACUACUCUGACAGGAUACAGGUUCUCCAGAACAUGGUGCACUGUGCGGACCUGAGCAACCCCACCAAGCCCCUGCAGCUGUACCGGCAGUGGACGGACCGCAUCAUGGAGGAGUUCUUCUGUCAGGGUGACCGGGAGAGGGAGCGGGGCAUGGACAUCAGCCCUAUGUGUGACAAACACAACGCCUCAGUAGAAAAGAGCCAGGUUGGUUUCAUAGACUAUAUCGUUCACCCUUUGUGGGAGACGUGGGCUGACCUGGUCCACCCGGAUGCCCAGGACAUCCUGGACACGUUGGAAGACAACAGGGAGUGGUACCAAAGCACCAUCCCCCAGAGUCCGUCUCCUGCGCUGGACGACCCUGAGGACGGCAGUCGACCCCCAGGAGGGGACAAGUUCCAGUUUGAGCUCACACUGGAGGAGGACGGGGAGUCGGACACUGAAAAAGACAGUGGCAGCCAGCCAGAGGAGGAGGAGGACGAGGAGGAAGAGGAGGAGGAAGAAGAAGAGGAUGAGGAGGAGGAGGAGGACAACAGCUGUACUGACUCUAAAACACUCUGCACGCAGGACUCUGAAUCCACUGAGAUUCCAUUGGACGAACAGGUGGGGGAGGAGGAGGAGGAGGAGGAGGAGGAGUUGGCGGAAGGGGAGAAAACACCUUGCUCGCAAACGUGCAAGGCGGAGGAAAAGGUAGCAGAGGUGGAGGAGCACGAGGAGGACAAGGAGAAAUCCCCCGACACAUAGCAGUUUAUAGACAGCACCUGAUUAACUGUUCUUCUUAGUAAUUACAGAUGAUUAUUUAUAGAAUAUUUUUUGGGUUGUGUGGAGUCUGUCUGUGUUUUUUAUACAUCUAUGUUUAUGGUUCCAAAGCGUUCGCUGCUCUCCACCUUGGCCACUCCUCCGUCAGCUUUGUUCGGACACGCCCACCGGUACUUCUUCAAGUUUUUUUGCACUCAGGAAAACACCUUUCCAUUCCCAUUCGUACUGAAGAGGUGUGUCUGUAUUUCAAUUCUACCCACCCCCCCCCCCCUUUACAAUCUUUGCAUUUAGCACACGGAUGAACAGUUCAGACACAUGACAUCACACCUUCCUUCCCUCCGCUUCGUCUCCGCCUUGCCUGAAAGUUUUGCAGUGUUUUUUAUCAAGUGCCCCUUAUCCACACGGACGUUACUGGUGUGUUCAAGGAGCAUCUCCCUCUCCAUUAGGUCAUUUCCUCCCCGCUACAAGAUAGGAGGCGCACUCCUGGCGUUCCUGCUGAAAGGCGCCGCGGAGACGAAAGCUGCAGCACACUGGGGGAGCUUUUCAAGAAACAUCUCUGAUGUGGUUGUCUUCCUUGAAAUCCUGACUGACACAAAGCUCAAAUCUAAACAGCCAUCGACGCUGUCCUAGACCUCUUUCCUUUUUUUAUUGUACUGUAUGUAAGAGUCAGAUAUUUUCUAGAAUUUACUUUUGCAAGUCCUUGGUUUUUCUUUUGUUAGCGGGGAACUUUAUUUCCGGGGAGAAUGAGACGCAUACAUCCAAUGUUUUUUAGAGGGGGGUGUCUUUCCAGCCGGGUUACAUUAGGAGUGAUCUGAGGUGCUCCAACAGCAUCUAGACUCUCCCUGUACCGCUGUACUCAUAUUUGGUUUGGUCCUGUGAGUGGAAAUUUGGAUUUUCUCCAUGAUAACUUUUACUUUUGGUGAGGAAGCAGAGACCCGAAGUCCCGUGCUUGGCUCUCAUUGAAAUUGUUUUAAUGAUGUGGAUGACGCCUUUAAAUUUCCCUUAUCGUUGCCUGCAGUUCUUUUUGAACACAUUCUGAGACAAUGCAAUGCUUUGUAGUCGAUACAAAAAGCACCUUCUUUUUAGACGCUUAAUUAGUGCUCCGAGUAAACAGAAAUAGUAACAUAAUUAUAGAAAAAAAAAAAUACUGGGUGAUUUUAUACCAAUGCUAUCAAAGCCUUUUAUUCUCCUUUCGUUAAUUUUCCUCGCACAUUUUAUUUGACGUGCGCGUCACCAACAGCCUCACACCCGCCCGUCUUCAGCCUCCUCGCUUUUUUCCUUAAUCUCCCUAAUUUUUAUUUUCAUUUUACAUUUCAUUUUGCCAUCACAACAUUAAACUCAAUGGCUGUCUUUGUUUUCGACAAGACAAUCAGCUUCAUUGCGUGGUCGUCACACGAGAUUCUCCUCUACGUAGAUACUCUAAUGCACUGAUAUAUUCAUAUAUCACCACUUUCAUUCUUUUUAUAUGUUUAAACACGCCAAACACUCACUCAUGCAUUCUUGAGCAAUGCUGUCUUACAACUCGGCCAAGUGUCUGCAAGUUACUAUUAUUUAUUGCUAUAUUUUUCUAUUUGUCGAAUUGUUUGUUUUUUUGCAAUAUAAAGUUGGUACAGUAAAUAUCUCACUGUAGCAUAGACCAGUACAGGCUUACCAGUUACAAUACCCAAAUAUAGUUUGUUUUGCUCACUUGUACAUAAAAUAUAGAAAAUCAACAAAAGGAUAAAAAACUAAAAGAAAAAAACAAACACUAAAAAAAUCUGCACACUGCUUUUUUUUUAUUAUGAGUGCUUCUUUUUUUUUGUGUCAUUUCAACACUUUUUAUUUAAACUUUUAUUUUGUGCCAAGAUUUUUUUCUCUCUCUUUUUUUUUUCAUCCUCACCCGAUGCCCUUACCUGUAAUAAAAAAAAAAUAUUUCUGGUUUUAUCGCUGUUUACAAACAUAUAUUUAUUGUGCUGUAUAUAAUAUAUAAUUAUUAAUGUUAUUGCUAUCAUAAUGCCGUUUGUUGUAAAUGGUUGAUUCUUAUCAUCCCUUUUGGUGAUGGUGUGGCUGUAUUUACGUACCUCUUGUUGAGAGAAUGUUUAUUACACAUGAGCUUCAGUGUAAAAAGAAAAGAUCCAUCGACAUGUUGCUCAUCUGAGAACUAGCUCAGUGAAGAGAGGGGGAAAGCCAAAUUGUUUUUUUUAAAAAGAAGCUGUUCCUUGGCCCAUGGGCUGUGCCUUAAAUUCAACGCAUGUUAUUUACUUAAGCUUUAGAUUUCUUUUUAUUUUCUAGUUCUCUCUUUUUGCUGCAUUAGUGAAUCUCCUGGCCUGGGUUGGCCUGAUCUCCUGUUGUGUGUGUGGGGAAAAAAAAAAAGUUGCCUUUUACUGUUGCAGCCAAACACAAUUUUGCAUCAAAAGGUGUGGCACUGGGUGGGAAUACGUUGUUGGUGCAGAGAUCCAGGUCAACUGCAAGUCAGAGAUUUACUACUUGAGUGACGUGUGGCCGAUAGCUGGAUGUGGAAGAGUCCCGUUUGCUGUAGACCUGGUCGCAACAACUCACGCCUCCUUUACACCCCGCCACUAUACGCUCAAAGACUUGACUCAGCAGGUUGGAUGUGGACAACCAGGGAGGAGCUUUGCCUCUUUCGUCGAUUGUGUGCGAAGUUGCUGCAGGGUUGUCCACACCCGCCCCGGUUGUUGUCACAGCUACAAACACUGAAUGGGGUGCUAUGGGAGUGUGCAGUUGGACCGUGAAGCACCGAGGCUUUGAGACGCAUCUGCAUGUUCAGCCACUGCUGCAUUAAUUAUGGCUGAAACACUGACGGUGUGUUGCUUAUCUAUGCUCGGCCCACACUUCCACUCGCAUAACUUGCAAUAUCCAAAACCACUGACAUCCUUCUGCCUGGACAGGAGAAGGGUUUAGUAUAUUUGUGUAGUGAAGGGG